AUGGAAGAAAUCUUUCACACCCCUCGACUCAAGCUCACGCUCGUGAAAAGUGCGGAGAGGGGAAGUCGAGAGCUAGAAUGGCUUCAUGAGAUAAGAAGCAACGAGCAAACUACCUGGUGGAGCAUCUACGGUCGCUCCCAAACGCUCGAGGACACGGAAAAAGUAAUCCAAGGCAUCCUCCCUCUCCCAGCCACGCAAUCCCAGAAAAACCCCUGCCGCAUCGUCUACGCCGUCCACGAAAUCCUCGCAGCACACAGCGAGGCGACAAACCCUGAAGAGCGACCAACCCGCAUAAUCGGCCUUGUAACGCUCCGCUCCCUGGACGCCAGCAACCUCGCACUACCACCCCAGUUAUUUCCAGCUUGCACGCAAACGCCCUCCUCCCCCGUCCUCACCCUCGAACUCGGCUACCUGUUCUUGCCUGCUGCAUGGGGCAAAGGCUACGGCACCGAGUCUGUCAGCGCAGUCUUUGCGGCAUGUCAACGGGCAUCAGGUGUUUGGGCUGCGUGGGACAAGAUCUAUGUACGUGCUAUCGUGAAUGCAGAGAACCCAGCGAGUCGCCGGGUUCUGGGGAAAGUUGGGGUGCCCUUGUUGGGCAUGUAUGAGUGGGAGGGGAAGGCUGUGUAUUUGGCGGGGGAGUGGAGGGAGAGAAGUGAUUUGUGUGUGUAUGGGAUGUUUUUGGUUGGAUGA